CCUGGGAGGCCCUCUGCCGCCAGGUUUCCCUGCCACAUGGUUGCCGCUCUGCCUUGGCGUGGCGCUUGCGAGUCGUAGCCCGAGAGCCGCGGCAGCAGCAGCAGCAGGAGCAGCGUGACAGCCGCCCUCCGAGCCAGCGACGGGACGGGGUUCGGGCGCGAGAAGGCGGCCGCUGGCAGAGGCGGCGGCGGCGGCAGGAGCGGAGUCCGGUCAGGCGAGAGAACUCCCGCCCCGCGUGCCCGGGGCCGAGCAGGGCUCCCUUGGAGGAGGACUCGCCGUCGCGCCGUCGCCUGCCGAGCGCUCCCAAUGAGCGCCGCCGCCCUGGACAGCCUGGACUCGCUGUCGUGUUACCGGAGCUGGUCGCUGGAGCCCGCCAAUUUCUACGAGGCGAAGGUGGGCGAAGGCGGCGGGCUGAGUCCGUCGUGCAAGGGCAUGAGCGCCGUGGCCGCCGAGGAGUCCGGCGGCAUGCCCUCGGGGCCGGGCAGUGGCAGCCGUGACCUGGCGGAGCUGAGCGCCGCCGCGUCGGCCAUGUACGAGGACGAGAGCGCCAUCGACUUCAGCUCCUACAUCGACUCCAUGGCCGCCGUGCCCAACUUGGAGCUGUGCAACGACGAGCUCUUCGCCGACCUCUUCAACAACAACCACAAGGGCGGCGAGCGCGGCGGCGGCGGCGGCGCCUACGGGGACUACCUGCCCGCGCCCCCCCAGCAGCAGCUGCAGCAGCAGCAACACUCGCACCAGGCGCCGUCGGGGGGCAGCGCCUUGGCCAGCCUGCUGCACGCCAGCGUCCCUCCCGGGCCGCUGCGAGGCGCCGUCAAGCAGGAGCCCGAGUGGGGGGACGAGGUGUCGGGGCCGGCCUCGCUGCUGCCGUCGCAGAUCGCCACCUGCGCCCAGACCAUCGUGAACCUGAGCGGGCAGCCCACGCCGCCCACCUCCCCGGAGCCUCCGGGCAGCGCCUCGCCGUCCAGCUACAGCAGCCGCUCGUCCGCCUCCUCGUCGUCGGGCGGCAAGGAGCGGGCCGGCAAGAAGUGCGUGGACAGGUUCAGCCCGGAGUACCGGCAGAGGCGGGAGCGCAACAACAUCGCCGUGCGCAAGAGCCGCGACAAAGCCAAGCGCCGCAACCAGGAGAUGCAGCAGAAGCUGGUGGAGCUGUCCGCCGAGAACGAGCGGCUCCACAAGAAGAUCGAGCAGCUGACCCGGGACUUAAGCAGCCUCCGGCACUUCUUCAAGCAGCUGCCCAACGCUUCCUUCCUGCAGGCCCCCUCGGCCACGGACUGCCGGUAACCGGCUGCGGAGGGGAGCUGCGGCUCACCACGCCAGAGACUUUAACUUCUUCCAGAAUACCUCAGAGAGAGCCGUGCAGAGCAGCGGGAGCUGCGUGGACGGGGAGUGGCGCGCGCGCGCGCUUGUGUGUGUUGGCGCCCCCAA